AUGCCCCGCCGGAAGCAGCGACACCCGCAGCCCGUGAAAGCGGACACUGAAGACACUCUCGAGGAGACGCCAGGAGGGGGUCUGGUGCUGCAGAGUGACCUGCUGCUGGGCCAGGACCUGGAGUUUGAGGACAGCAGCGACAGGAUCAUGGGCUUUGAGAAAGACUCGGAAGUGGACUCCCUGGUGGGGAAGAUCACCAUCCCGGCCUACUCGCUGAGCGACGACGACUACUCCAGCUACCGGCAGCUGAGCGUGGAGAGUGACCCCGAGGAGGGGCGGGAGCCUGGCCCCCCAGCCCUGCCUUGCCCUCAGUGUGGCCUGCAGCUGGCCGUGCGCUUGGGGCAGAGCUGCCCGCAGUGUGCGGGGGCCGAGGAGGGCCGGGGCCAGCGUGUGGUCUACUCCUGUCAGCUCUGCCCCUUCGCCUCCCACUACUCCAGCCACCUCAAGCGCCACAUGAAGACCCACAACGGCGAGAAGCCUUUCAAGUGCCCGCAUUGCGACUAUGCCUCGGCCCAGCUGGUGAACCUGACGCGGCACAAGCGCACACACACGGGCGAGAGGCCCUACCGCUGCCAGGCCUGCAGCUUCGCCUGCAGCAGCCUGGGCAACCUGCGGCGCCACGAGCGCAUCCACAGCCAGGACAAGCCCUUCCAGUGCAGCGCCUGCGACUACCGCUGCAACCAGCGCCGCAACCUCAAGCGCCACCUGCUGAGCCACCGCCCGGCGGAGGAGGGGCCCUGCAGCCGGGACAAGGCCCAAGAGCCGCUGCUGCCGGAGCUGAGCCUGCACGUGAGCGCUGCGGGCAGCCCCCUCCUGCCUGGCUGCGCCCGCCUGCGGGGCGACGAGACAGACGCCUUGCCGGAGCUGCUCUUCCCCUUCACCUGCCGCAUGUGCGGGCUGGUGCUGGACGACGGCUUGGCGCAGGACGAGAGCCUGGUCGAGCAGAUCUGCAGCCGCUGCAGCCUGGCCGUGCUGAGCGCCGAGCCGGGCGACAGCCCCCCCGAGAGCGGUGCCAAGGGCUUCUCCUGCAGCCUGUGCUCCUUCGCCACGCACUACCCCAACCACCUGGCCCGCCACAUGAAGACGCACAGCGGCGAGAAGCCCUUUGCCUGCCCCCUCUGCCCCUACGCCUCCGCCCACCUGGACAACCUCAAGCGGCACCAGCGUGUGCACACGGGCGAGCGGCCCUACAAGUGCCAGCUCUGCGACUACGCCUGUGGCAACCUGGCCAACCUCAAGCGGCACGGCCGCAUCCACUCCGGCGACAAGCCCUUCCGCUGCGGCCUGUGCAGCUACCGCUGCAACCAGAGCAUGAACCUCAAGCGCCACAUGCUACGCCACACGGGGGAGAAGCCGUUCCGCUGCCGCCACUGCCCCUACACCACCGGCCACUGGGACAACUACAAGCGCCACCAGAAGAUCCACGGCCCUGCUGCUGAGGGUUGGGCCAGCCCCCCGAGUGCCAAGCCCCGGCUGGCCCUGCCGCCCCCGGCUGCCUCCCUGCCCUAG